UCCAAAGGGUUCGUCUCGGAUUUUGAGAAAAUUCGGGGCGAGUCCUUUCAGUUUAUGUGUGAAAAUGGUGGUUUGACUAAACAUCUUUUAGAGUGCAUUUUGGUUGUUGGAGGAGUGAGACAUCUAACAAGUUAAUAGGGUUGUACAUUUUCGUUGAAGGAGGAAUGAGACAUCUCUUUUUGCCUGUUGUGUGCAUCAGUUGUUACUUUAACCUUCUAGUUGUACGAUUUGUACUUAACCCUGAGUGUAGGCUGAACCUGAAACAGAUGAAAGUUUAUGCACAAGUUACCCUCCUAGAAGCAGAUCAAAGCGAGGUAACCAUCACAGAUCCUCCACUGCCAGAAACUCCACGGUGUACUGUCCAUCAUUUUGUAAGAUACUUACUGCUUCUGACACAAGCACGCAUGUUGGGUUCUCUGUCCUUUGGAUGCAUGCUGAUGAUUGUUUGCCACCACUGCAGCCUCCAUAGCAAGAAUUGGUUGCAGCUGAUUUGCACGGAAACGAAUGGCAUUGUUAGCACAUAUAUUUCAAGGAUUUGUAGUCUUUGUAGUGUUUUAUUUGCUCUGUGAAUAAAUAUACUUUCUCUUCAGCGAGUACAUAUAUGUUUCUCUGGGAUGAGGACCUUGGCAUUUAGGAUUUCGACUCAAAAUGGUAAGCAUAACCAGUAAACUUUGAUAGAAUAAUCUUGGCAUCCCUGUGGUGAUUGAUGUUUUAGAUCAAAUAAAAUUUGACAUUCCU